CAAAAAAAAAAAAAAAAAAAAAAAACACCAACCUCCAAUCAACUGGGAUUCAAAUUAGAUUCAAUAAUUUGAGUCCCAGUCUCUCCUCUUUCUCGCAUAUUUCUAUUCUUCCAGUUUUGAUCCUCUUCACUUCCAAAAAGUAAAAGACACAAAAAUGGCGAACCCUGAUCAGACCAAUCCUGACCGUCCAAAUUUCCUACUUCCGGUGGACUCCGAACACAAAGCCACCGUACUCCGCCUCUUCACGGUGGCGCAGCCACACAUGAGGGCAUUCCACAUCACCUGGAUUUCCUACUUCUGCAGUUUCAUCUCCACCUUCGCAGCCGCGCCCCUCCUCCCCAUCAUCCGCGACAACCUCAACCUCACGGCCACCGAAAUCGGCAACGCCGGAAUAGCCUCCGUCUCCGGCGCCGUCUUCGCCAGAGUUGUGAUGGGGUCUGCCUGCGACAUGUUCGGGCCCCGCCUCGCCUCCUCCGCCCUCCUCCUCCUCGUUUCUCCGGCGGUUUACUGUUUCUCCAUUAUCAACUCCGCCGCCAGCUUCCUCGUCGUCCGCUUCCUCGUCGGCUUCUCUCUGGCCACCUUCGUCGCCACCCAGUUCUGGAUGAGCACCAUGUUCUCCACAACAGUUGUUGGCACCGCCAACGCCGUCUCUGCCGGGUGGGGAAACUUCGGCGGCGGUGCAACUCAGAUCAUCAUGCCUUACGUAUUCUCUAUCAUCCUCGACAUGGGUGCUGUCAGAUUCACUGCAUGGCGAAUCGCAUUUUUCAUUCCUUCUUUAAUGCAGACCACCUCGGCUUUUUCCAUUUUCUUUUUAGCCCAGGACUUGCCAGACGGGAAUUUCACCGACCUCAAAAAAUCCGGUGAAAAACACAGAGAUGAGAUUUCCCGGGUUUUCCGCAACGCUGUCGCGAAUUACAGAGUGUGGACCCUGGCUCUCACUUACGGGUAUUGUUUCGGAGUAGAAUUGACUGUCGACAACAUUAUCGCGCAGUACUUUUACGACAGGUUCAAUGUCAAUCUUCACACUGCAGGGAUCAUUGCGGCCAGUUUUGGAUUGGCUAAUAUAUUUUCGAGGCCAACUGGGGGGAUUAUAUCGGAUGCUAUGGCCAAGAGGUUCGGGAUGAGAGGGAGGCUGUGGGCGUUGUGGACAGUGCAGAGUUUGGGAGGGUUGUUGUGCAUUGUUCUGGGAAGAGUUGGGUCUUUGGGUGCUUCCAUUGCUGUGUUGGUUGCCUUCUCUUUGUGUGUUCAAGCUUCUUGUGGGCUUACGUUUGGGAUUGUUCCCUUUAUCUCCCGAAGAUCUUUGGGCAUAGCUUCCGGGAUGACAGGAGGCGGGGGAAAUUUUGGUGCACUUUUGACACAAUUGAUAUUUUUUAGAGGAUCUAAAUACAAAACAGAGACAGGUAUAACUCUGAUGGGUGUCAUGAUGAUAUGUUGCACACUUCCAGUAGUUUUGUUAUACUUUCCACAAUGGGGUGGCAUGUUUUGUGGUCCAUCAUCUAAAGAAGGAAGUGAAAGUACAGAAGAAGAGUACUACAUGAAUGAAUGGAGUUCAACAGAGAAAGAUAAAGGUUUUCACAAAGGAAGUUUGAAAUUUGCUAAUAAUAGCAGAAGUGAAAGGGGUAAAAGGGUAGGGUCUGCUCCCACACCGUCCCCUUAGACAACACCCACAUAUCCCUGAAGAAUUAUGAUCCUCUCUAUUUCACUCCGUAAUGUUGUAACAUAUCGUCGAAAUUGUGAAUAGUUUUUAAUUACCACGUCAUUUUAAAUUUGAAAAUUUUAUGUUUUUUUUUUAAAUUUAAAUAAAAAUUUGUUGAUAUAAACUAUUUUGAGUCAUUGAUUAUAGAAUGGAAA